AUGGCCAGCCACGCGAACCUGCACGUCGGCAGCCUGCCGGACGGCAUCGAUGAAGCCCUCUUCCGCAGCCUCUUCGAGGGCUGCGGGAGCAUCGUCUCGACCAAGCUCUUCGCGGACCGGGGGUUUGGCUUUGUCAAGAUGUCGAGCAUGGAAGAGGCGCAGAGGGCCAUCGAGGUCGUCAACCGCGCGACCGUGCUGGGCUCCACGCUGACCGUCAAGCUCGCGGCCCACGACGGCACGAAAGGCCACGCCAAGGGCGACGGGGGCUCCGGCAAGGACGGCCCCGGGGGGAUGGCUGGUCCGGCGGCAAGGAUGCCUGGAGCGGCGGCUGGGGAGGUGACGAGCUGCAGAGCCUCCCGUGCGAGCAGGUCUGGGUUGGGGGCCUGCCGCUCGACAUCACCAACGAGCUGCUGGCCGAGAGGUUCGGCAAGUACUGCCGCGUGCGGUGGUCGAAGGUGCUGCCCGCCGCGGCGGGGUCGCCGGAUGCCGCCGCGCUCCUCCAGACGGGCGCCCCGGAGGACCCCCUCCUUUCCGUCGUUCUUGGCCGCCCUCACCUGCUCCCCCGGAACGUCCCGGCGGGGCUCUCCGCGCCCAUCGCCGUCAAGUUCGCCAAG